GAUGACACAAGCUCUUGAAGACGAUAGUACCACACUGAUAAUACCUGGGCCUGACGAGAUUGCCAUCAAGUUAGAACCUCUGGCUCUCUCUAAUCUUCAAGACUCUGAGGACCGUGAUAAAACAGCACCAUUACCCACGUCUAAUCAGGCAGAGCACAGUUUGCACAAUGGAUCAACUGUGAGCACAAAACACGAUUUCGGGAGCCCAAGAAGAAACUCCAGAGUAAGAUGUGACACAGCAGAUACAGACACUGAUUGUUAUGUUACAGAAGAGUCCCGGAACUACUUCCUCAGCAAUGAGUCAAGUGAUUACAGCAAAUUGGGAAGCUACCCAAAGCACCACAGGACAUGGCAAAAGGUUUCAUAUCGUCGAAACUCAGGAUUUCAGUCGGAAAUGGACGAAAAUCACUUUUGUGCAAAACUUUAUCAUACAAAACGAAAAAUUCUUCACUUAAAAAACUAUCACGAUGAAGCUAGGGCUAUGCGAGAUAUAUCAAAGUUUGUUAAACAUCCAAUUGUUCUUUUCAAAAUUCACCAUACCUUAUGGGAAGACAUUGCAAAGGAAAUGAUUGUUACACUCGCUGAAGAGAAGCCUGAUUUGAAUCUGGACAUUGAGCUUACUUUAAAAUCCGUAACCAGUAAAGAUGCAGAUUUUGUGAUCCCUGAAUGUGUCCAAGGUAUCAGCGAGUCACCCCACGGUCCAGUCACCGAGCAGAGUUUCAUCACAGUGAUAGGGAUAACCAACGCAGUGACAGACAGCCAGGUGGUGAUGUGCUUGUUAAAACAGCCCUUUAACUUUGGCAUCGGAGCAGAAGAGAUCAGAUUUGUCUGCUUGGUUUUAGCACCGAUCAAACACACAAAACACACCAAGUCUGCUCUAGAAGUAGCCAGAACCUACUCGACUUUAUUUGCUGAUGACAGACUGAGGAGAAACCUCUUGAACACUCACUCUCCUGAAGAAUUCGCCCAUGAAUUUGAACUUGAGUGUUCAAGAAUUCAAAUAGAGCAUCAAAAGAGGAUGAAGCGAUUGAACGCUAUGCCUGCAAAUUUAAAAGUUAGAGAAUAUAAUUCAUCUCAAAGCUUACCCCAAGUCAAAGAAUCGAUGGAGGGAGUGACGUUUGUUCCUGGACGUGAUCUUCUGAAAGACAUAGAGAACAGAGCUAAGCAUUACUUCUCAGACUAUUUUGGUGACCUCAAGGAUGGCACCAGUAUACAAAAGAUCAUUUCAACAACACUAUUUCUCUACUUUGCUCUAUUACUGCCAGGUAUUGCAUUUGGAGUGUUGCACUCGAAGUACACAGAUGGAAAGAUAGAUUCAAAAGAUGUGGUCGUGGCUCAAGCUCUGAGUGGCCUUCUGUUUUCUAUCUUUAGUGGACAGCAUCUUGUAGUGAUUACUACUACUAUUCCCGUCGUCAUCUACACAAAGAUUGUCUAUAUUAUUAGUCAGAACUGGGAUGAUGCAGACGGAAGUUUCUUCCAAACGUUCUACAUGAUGACAGGUAUCAGCAAUGCAUUCUUCUUGAUUCUGUAUGCUUUUUGUGGUGCUAGCAAGAUCAUGGCAUAUUGCUCCCGCUCAACUGAAGAAAUUUUAGAACUUUUCAUAUCAGUUGCUUUCAUUGUAGAUUCGGUGAAAUUUCUAAAGGAGGAGUUCUCACAAAACUACUGUUUUGACACAGAAGAAGUAUUAAAUGUAACAAAAAGAGCAGCUGCAGAGAUUAUAGAAUGUGAUCCCACCAGACCAAUCUUAACACUUCUACUGAUCUGCUUAACUGUAUACGUUGGAGUUCAGAUCUUCAACUUCAAGAACAGUCCGUACUUAACAGCUGGCAAACGGCUACUUGUAGCAGAUUAUGCCCUCGUUGUUGCAGUUGCUGCUGGUGCUUUUGUUGGCAGUUAUUGCUUCCAAAACAUAGAGCUCACUAAGUUUGUUGUCGACGAAGACAAGCCUUUGUUCAAGAUCGUUGACUUCCGCAGGCCCCCUGUCAUGUCGGUGCUUGCAGCCAUUGGUCUUGGUUUUGUGGUUUCAUUCUUGUUUUUCAUGGAGGGUAACAUCUCAGCGAGUAUUGUGAACAAGCCAUCUAAUAAACUGAAAAAGGGUUCCUCGUUCCACUAUGAUAUGUUUGUUACAGGUGUGAUCAACGCUAUUUUGAGCAUUUUCUGUCUCCCUUGGCUUCAUGGAGCUUUACCUCAUUCGCCACUCCAUGUGCGUGCUCUAGCUGAUAUAGAGGAACACAUAGAAAAUGGUCAUGUCACUGAAACCAUAGUCUAUGUUAGAGAAACUAGGCUCACUACCCUGGUAGCUCACAUCUUCAUUGGAGCAUCUGUCCUGAUGAUUCCUUAUCCUUUAAACCUGAUUCCCAUCCCUGUACUGUAUGGUUUAUUUGUAUUCCUGGCAGUCACCUCCCUGGGGGAACUCCAGAUUUGGGAGAGGUUUGUGUUGAUAUUCACUGAGCAGAGUCUCUACCCACCCUUUCACUACGUCAGGAAGGUUCCCCAGAAGAUCAUCCACUGUUUCACUCUUCUCCAGAUGAUGCAGCUCACUGCUCUGUGUCUGGUGUCUUUUGGAAAUUCCGCCUAUCUGAAGAUGUUGUUCCCUUUCAUCAUAGUCUCGCUGAUCCCUAUCCGGGAAUGGGUUUUACCCAAGAUCAUUUCAAAGAGACAUCUGUUGGCCCUUGAUGGUGACCAUUGAUCCCUGAACAGAUGAACUGGAUACUAUACUACUAUACUACUAUACUAGUAUACUGGAUACUAUACUACUAUACUCUACUUUCUGAAGCUUGAGAGAUUUAGAAGUACAGCCGAUUGUAACCUCCAAGUUGUUGCGGCUCAUUAUUAUUUAAAACGUGAUUGAAACUACAAUGAUACAACGAAUUAAGCAAACAAUUAUGGGUUUAGAUAGGAUGAAAAUUUGGUUAUAAGUAUGCAAAACGAGGACUAAUCGAUAUUCGAUUGUUUUGAAGAAAAAUAAAUUCUCGGGAAAGUAUUUUGACUAUAUCUGUGCAUCAUCAGUUGGAAGCAGUUUUUGAUAAGAUAAAAUAUUAUCUUGUCCACGUAUUUGUUCCCGUAUUUAAGUUUCUCGCAUGUACAUUGUACAAAGACCUAUAUGCUCACUCAUCCCUUUUUGUAGGGUAUAUUUAUCAGUGUAAUAUGUGUAACUUUAUGUCGUAUUUGUGCAGUCAGAGAGCGAAGGUUUCUGUUAGUUUUGACUAUAGGUCAGAGUUUAGCUUCUUCAAAGGGAGAGCCAAACAUUUGAAAACAUUUGAAAACAUUUGAAAGAAGGAAUGUUACUGCCUUAUUUUCUACACGAAAUGCCCAACGUCAAACGUUGUUCUACUUUAUAUAGAUUAAAUAUUUGAUUCGAUUCCAUUAAAAGGAUAAAAAUAAUUUACCACGUACAUUAAUUAAUAAUUUAAGGAGUUAUAAUUGUGGUGCGGUAAGAUUAUGAUUAUUUUGAAAUCUUUGAGUUUAUCCGAUCCUAUUUGAAAUAACAUGACAUGCAUGACCGAACACUAAAGUGUAGGCUUUUUCAUCGUGAACAAAAGAACUGUAAUUAUUUAUUUUCAUAAUAUCAUAUCUAUCAUGAUAUUAUCCAUAUUUCAUGCAUAUUUCAUGCAUACUACCUGUUUACUUGUUUAGUUGUUUUUAAUGUUUUAGUUGACUUUUUUAAAUUCUUCAAAUUAUUAUUGCGGUUAAUUUGUUUCCAUGAAUUACAUUGUGGGUUGAAAAUGUAAAGUAUCAGAUAAAAUUGCAUGAUAGAAACUCCCUGAGUCACUAAAUCGCAUGAUCAAGCUAAUACCUGUACAGUGUACCUAUGUAUACAAAGAAGUCAUGUUUACCUCUGUUUCUGAAAUCGGUAUUUACAUUUCCUUUUCAGAAUAAGAGUGCUCUGAAGUCUGAAGGCGUUAGUAGCGCAGUUAAAAAUUCAAAUUAUGUGUAUUCUCACAUUAUGUGUAUUACAGCAUGUUUUUACGUGGUUUUUUAUUAUCUGUGAUUUUAACAAAAAAGAUUCUAUCUGAUUCAUUGGCUACAAAUUAAUUUGAUA